GGAGCAGGAAGAUGGUUGUACAAAAUUCAAAGGAAAGUCGGUAUGAUGAGAUGCACAGGGAGAAGCAGGUCCUGAGCCUGUUUAAAGCACUGCACAGAACAAGGACAGUUGUAUUCAAAGAUGACAACAGAGCACUGACAGCUGCAAGAUUAAAGAUCAACGAGGAGUUCCAGAAAAACAAAAAUGAAACGUCAGAUGAAAACAUUAAGAAGAUGAUCAAAAUGGGCACAGAUGUGGAAACUGUUCUUCGAGAGUCUGUGGUACAAAUGGAACAUGUUGGAGAAAAGAAACUCUUGCUCCGACCCAGAGAGGACCUUCUACUAGAAAAUGUACCCUUUUGUGACCAGCCCAGGAAAAAGUCAUGAUGGACCAUAGGACUUUCUCAUCAAAAAAAGACUCACUGUCAUCCAGUGCCAUCCAUCUGCAAUUUAAAGGAUUUAUCCAAAACAACAUUUUAAGUUGUUCAGGUCAUCGCUGCAUGAAGAAGUGACCAUUUUUGCUUCACUGAAGAUCUCAACUGCUCCGUUUUAAGAUAUCUGUGCUGUUAACUGGAUGAUGUAAUCUCAUGUACAGUAUUUUGUCAAAUGUUAUUUAAGUGUUUUCAUUUAAUUUGGAAGUCUUCUGCUUACUUCUCAGUAGCUCAUGGUUCAACUGAACUACUUUGCUGCUACUGAAAAACAACAUGUCACUGUGUUCUGAUUAAAGAGAAAUAUUCCCA